AUGUGUGGUGAAUUAACUCAAGAAUCAUCACCUCACGAAGGCGAUUCUAGUAGUGAAAAUAUUCAUAGAUUUGGAGCUAUGACAGUUAAAAGUGAACCAGAAAAUGGUGUUGGAAGUAGUGGAAUGUUGGAAAGACAGGAUCUAAGUUGUGAACAAAUACCCGAUGAGAUUUUAAACAAUAUUCACCGAAAUGGUUAUCACCACCAACAAGAACAACAACAAUUACAACAGCACUAUCCCCCAAAUAAUUGGCAACAAACAUUUCUUCUUCAACAACAAAAUAAUCAACAACAACAACAAUUACUUUCUUCCUCUUUACCAACAUAUUCUUCUUCAACUUCCCCAUCAGCCACUUCUACUAAUUUUGAUAUUUCUUCCUCUUCAAUUGUGCCAUCAACAUAUAUUCCUCAACAACAAUUUUGUCAACAAUACCCACAAGGAAUGGUUAAUCAUUAUCAAAAUUGGUAUUGGUCUGGGGCGGCAGCAGCCGCAGCAGCUGGACAGGGAUGGAUGCAGAUGCAGCAAAAUCAUGGAGGAAAUGAAAUUAUGUGCAGAACAGGACUAUCAAAAACAGAAGAUUCAAAUCGUGAUUAAUUGAUAUUAAAUUGAAUUUGGUAAAGCAAGUACUUGAGAUUUUUUAAGGGAGGUAGGGUUGUUGGUUCGGAACUGAACCGAAGAACCGAGGAUUUUCGGUUAUGUUCUUUGUUUCGAGUUAUCAAGAAUUUUCCAAAGAACCGACAACCCUAGUGUGAGGUACUACUUCCCAAUAAGAAUUCUCUCAUUUUCUAGCUCAAGUACUUGCUCAAAUUAAUUCCUUUAUAGUAUAUCCCCAUCAGGGGCAGGCGCAGAAAAUUUUUUUGAGAAUUUUGGAAGACCAGAAGCCAGAUUUCUUUCAAUUUUGUCCUCAGAUUGUGUAUAUUCUUUGCAUUAAUUUCGUCAAAAAAAGCAAUGCGCCCGCCCCUGGCCCUCAUCAUUACUCAUAUCUUGUAAGAAUGGUUCGAGAAGUAGA